AUGGAGGCACCACGACCUCCUCUGUGCACAUUGCUGCUGCAGGCCUCUGAGCCGAGUCUGCAUGAUUACAAUCAUCUACUAUCAAGCAUUGACAAGUACUAUGCUCGUCUACAGGUUGGAAUGCAAGAUGAAGCCCUCCGAGAUCAAAUCUUGUUCAACCCCGGGCGAACAACCUUACGUCUCCAGAAAGCCUUCAGCAUCCUGAGAGUCCAGAAAUUGUCAGCUCCAGUUGCAGAGGAGAUAUUCAAAAGCGUCGUUGAAACCCUCGUCAACUCGCCAGACCACCUUCUUACCUCAGAGCAAGCCUUCCAGCUGGUCGGAUCCUACCUCCCGGUCGUUAUUCGCUACCCUGGAGCCUACUUGCGACUUGUCGCAGACCUUUUUCUAGCAUACGAAGGAAUGUUUGAGUACUUGAUUGCAGAAGAGAAGCGUUGCUCCGCCUUGAAAUCAUUGUUGCUUUCGAACAAGACAUACCUGAACUUUCAAAUCCUCACCGAAGUAACGGAAAGACUCAUUGUUAUGUGUAACAACUGCUCCGGACAUGGUGUCAGCGACGUUUCCGAAAGCUGGUACAGCGCUAGGACUUUGAUGUCUUCCUUGAAGAGCUUGAUUCAGUCUCACCGUGAAGAAAACCAGAAAACCUGCCAAAAAGAAAAUCUGCCUCCCGUUGAGAAAAUGCGGGCUCUCAACCCCGAUGACAAGAAAACCAAUCAAACACUAAUGGUGAAAAGCCAGAAGAGCUCAUUCAAGAUACCUCAAUCUGUCUUUGACGACCUGGAAUCACUUAGUGGGCCCAGGAUAAGCUCUGCUGGCCAGCUUUUUCAUGCCCUGGGGUUUAUUCAGAAUGAAAAGUUACCCGAGCUCCUACACAAAGUGCUGGAUAGUUUUCCAUGCAGACUCUGCCUAGAGAGAUUGGCGGGAAUUACGACCACGUUCGUGGGCCUUCCAAACCACCUCGAUUGUUUGACCUCAAGUACAAGCUACUCAAUCGACAUAUUCGGGAAAAAAGUCGGCAUGUGGAAAGUUUUACUGUCCGACGCGGCGACCAAGAAUGCGAAGAAGCUGGCCCGCGCAGGUGGCUUUCCUCGCAUUGAACAGAAGCUCAGGGAGCUGGCAAGCGGUGCAUGGAAAGGGAAAGACAUUUCCCGGCGUAUUGGCUCCAAGAAGCAAAAGCAGGAUAUGGUUAUUCCAAUCCUGCAAGCUCGGGUCUCCCGCACCGUGUCAAUUCUCUGGCAGCUUGAUGUGGGAUUUGAACCUCAAUCCCCGAGCAUUCAGCAGCAGAUAGUCAAAGUUUGGCAAAUAACAAGCUCGGACGACGAGGUUGACGCUGCCAUCGAUCAAAUUAUCGAGCUGCAGAGCUAUGCCCCCCCAGAGGCCAUCCGUCUAUGUCAGACGCGCCCUAGACAGCAACCCAAUGGCAUAUUUUUCCCAAACAAGAUGGGCUUUGCUCAGGAAGCCUACGCCAGGGUGAGGCCAGUAGGCGCAGCCAGGAAUGAUCCUGCUUUGAUCGAAAUGUCAAACAAGUUCUUCAACGUGACUGAGCCUUUCCUCAAGUCGAUUGUCAGCAACACAGGCCUUGAAGAAUUUCCAUUUGACCUAUCGCCUGAGGAGGCAGAGAUUAUCGGGCAUUUUAAAACCUCUAGCCUGAUUCUUGGAAGAAGCGGUACGGGGAAAACCACGUGCCUUCUUUUCAAGAUACUCGCCAAAUACAGAGCGAGACAGACUAUGCCCGAUGGGAAAACCAUUCGCCAGCUUCUCCUGACCCGUUCGCCAUUUUUGGCCGCAAAGCUUCAGACUUACGUCAGAAGCCUGAUCGAUACGCAGUCUGAACAAGGUGUAUACGGGACAUCCUCCCGUACUGAGAAGGCGGAGUCUAUCUUCGCUUUGAAGGACGAAGACUUCCCGUUCGUCUGCACGUAUGACGACUUUUUGGAUCUCCUUGAGAGUACUUUCAGGCGAGCAAAUCGCCAAGACUUUCUUGAAAGCACUGUAUCUAGGGCAAAGAGUACAAGUGCAGAGCUGCAAGCACUCGACAAGCCUAAGGUGAUAGACUUCAAUAUUUUCAAAACGGAGUAUUGGAGCUGCCUAUCCGGGAUUGUGCCAUCUGGAUGUUCCCCGGAGCUUCUGUUUGCGGAGAUAAUGGGAAUCAUCAAGGGUUCGGCAAUAACCGCGAGUACUUUGAUGCCCCUCAAACGUGUCGAAUAUCUCUCCAAGAUCUCCAAGGUCUCCCCAGCGUUUGCCUCGGAGGUGGAACGCGAAGUUGUCUACCGGGCAUUUGAACGAUACGAACGACAGAAGAAACAGCGAUACCAAAUUGAUGAGCUGGAUCGAGUCAUAGAUUUGUUGAAGUUGCUGAAAGGGAAUUCAUCGUUGGAAUCUCUGAUUCGUCAAUGUUUUGAAGAAAUCUAUGUCGAUGAAAUCCAAGACUUGCGUUGUCUUGACAUCGUUUUACUUUUGAGCUGCCUGUGUGAUGCUCGUGGGAUUCAUCUGGCUGGGGACACGGCACAGUGUAUUUCGAAGGACUCUGCUUUCCGAUUUCCCGAAAUCAAAGCGCUGUUCUAUGACUACUAUGAGUUGAUCUCCAAAGAACUGAAUCAACCUUCCAUUGCCAAGCCUGUUCAAUUCAUGCUGGCCAAGAACUACCGCUCUCAUCAAGGUAUUCUAAGCUUUGCAUCUUGGGUAAUGGCAAUGCUGUGGAAUGGCUUCCCAGAGACCAUCGACAAGCUGGAUCCUGAAAUUGGUCAGACCGGAGGUCCCAAGCCAGUCAUUUUUGCCGGAUUUGACUCUUCAAUUCUGUCGGCCAAGAUGAUUGGUUUAGUCAAACUGAACGACCAGAUAGCCAACUUCGGUGCUGAACAAGUGAUUCUUGUUCGGGAUGAUGCAUCCAAAUUCGAAUUGCAGGCACAGAUCGGUGAAAUCUCCCUUGUUCUUACCAUCCUCGAGAGCAAAGGCAUGGAAUUUGAUGAUGUCCUUGUCUAUGACUUCUUUGGUAGCAGUGGUCUUGGGAGUAGCUAUCGAUGCUUGCAUUUGCUUGCUCACGGGCAACGUGCAAAGUUUGACUCUCAAAAACAUGCGGCCCUGUGCUCUGAACUGAAGCAUCUUUACGUUGCAGUAACAAGAGCGCGCAAGCAUUUGUGGUUCAUGGAGGCCAUUGAGAGCAGCAUCAAUCCAAUUCUUCAAGCACUUUCGGUUGAUGGACAGGUUAACCUUGCUGAGCUGGUGAGGACGCAAGAUCUAGAUGUUGCCGCAAAGGUCCAAGUCCUCCGCGCAGGUGGCUCGGUGGACCCAGAGAGAUGGCUGAAGCGGGCAGCACAUCUGCUGCACCAAAAGAACUUUGCUGAUGCUUUGUUCUGUUACAAAAAAGCAAAUGAUCCUCGCGGUAUUUCACACUCCCAAGCCUGGCUCCAUGAGCAAGAGGGCCGAUCUCUCCGAGCACUCAGUGAUCUUGAAGGCUCCACGUCCAGUUAUGAGAAAGCAAUUGCGUGUUUUCUGGAACUCGAUUUGUUCUCCGAUGCUGCAGACUGCUACCAGGCACUCGAAAGAUACGACAAAGCUGCAGAAAUCUGGAAGAGCCAAGGCCAGCUCCCCAAAGCUGCAGCAUUUUACGAGAGAGGCGGCCACUUGCUUCAAGCUUCUGAUUGUUUCCACUCAAACGGAGAUUAUGAGCAGGCGAUAGAGGUCUUGCGCCGAGGCGACGAAUUCGAUGAACUUAUCCAAUACAUCAAGCGACACGGACAUAGGCUUAUUUCUCAUACUUUGACACGCUAUUCUCGACUCUGCAACAUCCUGCUCAGGCAAGGUCGCGUCUCGACUGAACUGAGAGCGACAACUAUCAAUCUUCUAGGAUCCGAUAUUGAAAAACUAUCAUUUUUCAAGGAGUUUGAGAUGUUUGACCAGAUGCGAUCGCUCUACAAAGAGCGUCACAGGUGGUUUGAAUACUACGAACUCUCGGUCGCUGUUGGAGAUCUGCCUGCGGCGAUGGACACUCUUCUAACCCAGAAGCUGUUGCCUGUGAUUGACAAGAAAAUGGCCGAGUCAAUUCUGCACUACUCCAUGGCUGAGACUCUUCUUCACCACCGCGACUUGGUUGGAAGCCGACCCGAGCUGGAUAAGGACCUGUUACAGUCAUCUCGAUCGACGCCCUUAGAAAAAACUGCUCUUCAGUGGCUGAACGUCUUCAACUCAAUCGAUGAGUAUGGGGAAAAGAGCACGCAGGCUUCAUUUAAGUCGCUGGUGGCAAGUCCGAUUCUGAUAGACUUCUUCUGUCUCUUUUCUGUUGUCUACCAGUCUGAGAUCAAGCUUCUCGAAAGAAACAACCUCAUGGACCUGCCCAUGGACAUUCUCAAUCAUGCCAGUCGACUCAUUCAAGUCACGGCAUCUGGAGAGGCCAAGGAUUCGGAAGUUCUAAUGCUCAUCUGCGGUCUAUGGAGCUCACCAAAGACUCCUACACAGAUGACUGUACUUCCUUGGUCCCCUCUGAAAACCGACAGGGUGCAAUUGCCAGAGAAUAUGUCCCCAGAAGCUCUACUCAGCCAAGCGAGAUUGUGGAUUCGGGAGAGGUUCUUCAGUACCGUGGACACUUUCCAAAGUGUUGCUUUCAAUCUCUUCAGAGAUCUUUUUCCUCGGCGCUGCAAACAUUUCCUUUACAAGGGGACUUGCCUCAAGGCCCGCGCGGGAGAAUGCCAUUUCUACCAUGCAAAGCCAAGCUACAACGACUGCUGUUUGAAGUUAACUUGCCUUCUGAACGUGAGUGAGGUCUUGAGUAGACUCCGCAUCUUGUAUUAUCAUCGACUCAUGCCAGAAUAUUUCCGCGUACAAUACCUUGGCAUGCGGAGACGCUGGUUGCACCUACUGCUCGAUGAGUUGAUCUUCGUCACUCCUUUCGAGCAUUCCGCCGGAGCUAUUUCAAAGGUACGCAUUAUGCUGCAUAACCCGAUGUUUUUUGCCACCAAAUCCAGCAUUGAGAGUCUUCUCUUCUAUCGCAUGCAGGAAGAGUGGCAUGAGAUCUACACCUUCAGUGGAAUCUUUGAGCAGCUCCAGGUGGCCCAUUUUCUUGGCCCGUGGGUUGCUCUCAGCUACACCCGCGCAUUGGCGAAGAAAAAGAGCUACAGUCUGGGCUGUCGCCGAAACGAAGCGAUAUCAUUGAAAAACACAUUCAGCGCUGUGCAGGCAGUAGACCAGAUUCGAUGGGCUAUUUACGAGGGAAACAUCACAGACUUCUACUCUCGAGUCAGAGAAUUUCUCAUCUGCGUGGAGCGCGCUGAAGUUUCUAAUCUCAGAAACUUCCACAGCGUAAUGGCAGUUUUCGAACUUGUGGCGACUUACAUUCUGUGUAUUGUGAAUUACAACAACGCCAUCAUGGUGCCAUCGUCAUGGGCCAUACAACAUCUCCCAGGUAUUUUCAAAGCUGCACUGAAUUGGAACCAUUUUUUCCAAGAUUCGGAUCGCAAUAUGCAACUUGGACUCCUCAAGGCACUCAUCGGAUCAUUCUGCAAGAUCACCGAUAGUCUGGAGCAUUCCAUAUCCCAGCAUGAUUUUGCGUUCGAAGCGCUGGGCCGCAAAUCCUCCCCCGUGGUCUACAGGAAGCGCAUUUUCGACUACCUCACAACAAUCAUUCUGAAUCUGCAAGCUUACACGCCUCUGCCCCGAGGAUUUACAGAGAUGUGGGAAAAAUCACGACAGGUCAUCCUCAAAUCUGCACCGCCUUCAUUCGUUUGUCCGACUGCCAUUUCGAAACUUCGUGACGAAGUCAUACGGCAGUAUGCUGGCUACAAUGACAAAGACAAACUGCAAGUGAUCUGUCUCGACGACAAUAGCAAAUGCCCAGCAUUUUUGCGCGAGUUUGUUACAACAGCAAACCCGCAGGUGAAGCUCAGCACACUUCUUGAAAGCUCAUCGGCCGAGGAUAAGCGUGCCCAGACAACUCUCGGGAAAGACGCCGCCGACGCCGAUGAAUACACCCGUCAUGAGCUGGAAUUAAUCAUCAGUCUCCAAGGCCGCUGGCGACGCGUCAUAAAGAUCCUCGCAGACGCUCGCUACCUGAAAAGAUCCCACGAAGGGCAAACUUUCCUCCAGCUCUUUGCCCUUUGCCAGCAAAGAUUCAAUAUUCUUCCUGGCUCAGCCCGCGUAUCAGCGAAGGAAAAGAUCCGCAUUCGCAAGUUAAUCUUCACUGAUGGUGUCAACAUCAUAGUUGAAGUUGACAGCCUGUACUUCAGUCUCCGUCAACUGAAGGAGUACUGGAAAUCUUGUCUCGAGAAUCCUCGCAUCACCGCAGAAGAGAUCGAAGGAUUGGAUACCUUGCACGGACAAAUCGGUCCCAUCGAGGUCAAGCUCGAUCAAAUCGCCCUGAUCUGGUCGCUGAAGGGUCUGAGUACCAGUAUCAUCAUGGUCACUGCGAAGUCCCAUGGUGAGAAGGCUCGCGAGGCCCAACGGACCAUCUGGACUGUCAAACAAGAAAUUGAGGUUUUGCGGAGCCAACUAGAGGUGGUUUCCAAGCACUAG